CCAAACAACCACUCUUCCCUUAAUUCCAUCUUCACCAGAAAUUCCAACCCCAAAACCCAAAUUCCCCAUGUCCAGGCCAAACCUAAAACCCAUUCUCUUUCCUUGGUUUUGUGAGUGAGCGAAAUUCGAUUUUAUGGCGAAAUCAGAGAAUACGAAUUCCAGUUCCAGUAUCCCGCCUUACCAUCAUUCUGCUAAAGUCCAUCCUUCCAGUGACCCCGAAGUCGAUCCGAACCCAUACUCUCUCGAGAAGUUCAGACUCUAUGAGACCAGACAGAGAUUUUAUCUAAUUGGGAGUGAUCGCAAUAAGAGGUUCUUCCGGGUGUUGAAGAUUGACCGUAGUGAGCCGUCUGAUCUCAACAUCAGUGAAGACCCAGUGGUGUAUUCGCCAAAGGAAAUCAAGAACUUGCUUCAGCGCAUUGAUGAAGGGAAUCGUGCCACCGGGGGUCUCGCCCCCGUGGCAAAGGUUUUUGGUAUUGUGGGUUGCAUUAAGUUUCUGGAGUCUUAUUAUUUGAUUCUGGUGACCAAGCGUAGGCAGAUUGGAUGCAUAUGUGGUCAUGCAAUUUAUAGUAUAGAUGAGAGCCAAUUAAUCACGAUCCCUCAUGUCUCGGUUCAAACUGAUGUAGCCCAUUCUAAAACAGAGCUAAGGUACAAGAAACUCUUAUCCAGUGUUGAUAUGACCAAAGAUUUUUUCUAUAGCUAUACGUAUCCUAUAAUGCAAAGUCUGCAAAGAAAUGUGCUGUUAACGGGUGAAGAAGGGAUGCCAUUUGACAAUAUAUUUGUGUGGAAUGCUUAUUUAACACAAGCAAUUAGAUCAAGAUGCACGAACACUAUCUGGACGAUAGCAUUAGUUCAUGGGCAUUUUAGGCAGAUGAGGCUAUCAAUUUAUGGGAGGGACUUCAGUGUGUCUCUGGUUUCAAGGCGCUCUCGGCAUUUUGCAGGGACACGGGAAGGACUGAAGGAGGAGGAGCAACAAGCCAGUUACUUGAAAAGGGGAGUUAAUGAUCGGGGAAGGGUUGCAAAUGAUGUUGAAACAGAGCAGAUUGUCCUUGAUGAGGAAGCUGGGUCAUGCAAGGGAAGAAUGAGUUCUGUUGUGCAGAUGCGUGGUUCAAUUCCACUUUUCUGGUCCCAAGAAGCUUCAAGAUUUAGUCCUAAACCUGAUAUAAUACUGCAGAGAUAUGACCCCACAUAUGAGGCAACACGAUUGCAUUUUGAGGACCUGGCAAGGAGAUAUGGCAAUCCAAUUAUAGUGCUUAAUUUAAUUAAGACUGUUGAAAAAAGGCCUAGAGAAAUGAUGCUUAGGCGUGAGUUUGCAAAUGCGGUUGGGUAUCUGAACCAGAUUCUUUCUGAAGAAAACCAUCUUAAAUUUAUUCACUGGGAUUUUCACAAGUUUGCAAAGAGCAAAUCUGCCAAUGUUUUGGCAGUUUUAGGUGCUGUAGCAAGUGAAGCACUUGAUCUAACUGGCUUCUACUUCAGCGGUAAACCUACCAGUGUUAAGAGGGCUAACAAAAUUAGUCGAACAAGCACAGGAAGGGAUACUUCACUUAGAGAUCUGAGAGCUAAUUCAGGGGAUCUGCCUAGGAUUGGAAGCUGUAAUGAAAAUCUAAAUUCUUUAGCUAGUCGAGACAGAGAAACUGAUUUUAUCCAACAAAAUGGAAAAGAUUACUCUGGUGGUGAAGCACCCUGUUUUCAAAGUGGAGUUCUGCGCACUAACUGCAUUGACUGCUUGGAUCGUACAAAUGUUGCCCAGUAUGCUUAUGGCCUUGCAGCUUUAGGGCGCCAACUCCAUGCAAUGGGUUUAACAGACAUGCCUAAAGUGGACCCUGAUAGUACCAUUGCUUCAGCUCUAAUGGAUAUGUAUCAAAGUAUGGGGGAUGCUCUUGCUCAGCAGUAUGGUGGGUCUGAAGCUCACAAUACAGUGUUUACAGAGAGGCAAGGAAAGUGGAAAGCUACCACCCAAUCAAGAGAGUUUUUGAAGUCUAUCAAGCGAUACUACAGCAAUACUUACACUGAUGGUGAAAAGCAAGAUGCUAUCAAUUUAAUUUUGGGUUACUUCCAACCAAGGGAAGGAAAACCUGCUCUUUGGGAGCUAGAUUCGGAUUACUAUCUCCAUGUAUCUGGGAUUGGAGAUGACCUUUUCCCGGUUAAGUGUUCGCAAUCUGAUGCCAGGCCUGUUGGGGGAGCUGGAGUUACUUUUGCCCCUAUUCCAGCAUGUAGGGAAGACUUCUCACGGAGAAAGUUGACGUCAUUUGAUAAAUUGAUAGAGAGGACGUGUAGUUCAAUAAGGAAUGUAAGACUCUGUAGGGAACCGGAACAAAGACAAGGUGCUGGUACAGGAAAUUCCAGUGUGGCACCUGAUGCAGCUGAAAUACAGCUCAAAAGCCCAAAUUGGCUUUUUGGCCAGAGAAAGUAUGAAGAAAGUGGCUCUGCUCCCAAAGGUGCUUCACAGGAAAUUGCAAAUGGAGGAUCUCAGGAUGACAGAAGAGUUGAUGGUUUAUGUGACCUAAACUGGCUUUCUUCUGCUAGCGAUAGCAAUGAAGAGGAUAUCUUCCAGGGGUACCUUGCAAUGACGCCAGUUGAUGAAGAUAACGGUUGGUAUGGUGGUACACUGCUUGGUGAUCAAGAUGAGAACAGUGAGAUAUACAAGCAUUAUGCUGCAUUCUGUCAGGGCCCUGCUAUGGAACCUUUUGAAAAUGAUAGUGAGAGGGAGAAGCACUAUGCUGAUGCCCUAUGCAUGGGCACAGUUGACAUUGUAGAUGAUGCUGUUGAAGCAGAGAUGCGAGCAGCUCUCAAGGAGUACGAUCAAAUUGGUGCUGAUCUUGGAAUCAUCCCUUCUUCAUGUAAAUCCUUUACUGAAGACCUGAACUGGUUGACAAGGUGGAUAAUUGGGGAAGAGAAGGUGCAAAGAAUCUGAGAAUUAUCCUGUGUAGGAGAAGAGAAGGUGUAAAGAAUCUGAGAAGAGCAUGAGGUCUUGCAAUUAUUUCUCUGAUAACCGAAGUUAUUGUAUUCACAUGUUUUCGAUUGUAUCCUCAAUUAUAUUGUAUUCAUUCUGUAAUUAUGCCUGUCGAUUGUAAACAUAAUAAUAAUUUACAAUGCAAAAGUUUUUCCAAAAAAAGGAUACUUUGUAUUUGACCUUAAUCAGGAUGGUGCAUGAACACGGUUACUCGCU